AUGACGGGUCUCCUUCAAAAGGUCGCGAGGACCUUGGCCCUUCUCGCAUGCGCCCAAUCUACCGCCGCGCUCCGAGUACCCCGCCACGCAACAGUCGCCUCGCGACAAACCGUCGACGAAACCAAAUAUGAUUUCGUCAUCGCCGGCGGAGGCGUCUCCGGCUUAACCGUCGCAGACCGCCUGACCGAGGAUCCUAACGUCAACGUCCUCGUCAUCGAGACCGGCCCCUUCGACAAGAACGAGGACAGCGUGCUCGUCCCCGGCGCCUUCUUCCCCGUGCCGUACCUCUGGCUCCCGCUGGACAGCGCGCCGCAGCCGGCGCUGAACAACCGCUCCUUCUCGGUUCCCGCGGGCCGCGUCGUCGGCGGAGGGUCCGUCGUCAACGGUAUGGUCUUCGUCCGCGGGGGGAAGGUCGAGUACUCGAACUGGGUUAAGCUGGGGGCGAAGGGUUGGGGGUGGGAUGAGAUGCUGCCGUACUUCAAGAAGAGCGAGAACUUCACGACGCCACCGCAGGAGUUCGCUGACGCCGCAAAUAUCUCUUGGGUCGAGGAGGCUCACGGCCGCGAUGGACCUGUUCGCGCUUCGUACCCCAAUUACUUCUUCCCAGGAGCGAAAAACUUCUGGCAAGCCGCCCUCGAAACCGGCCUCACCCCCUCCCCCGACCCCAACGGCGGCGACCGCGCCGUAGGCCUCUUCAACUUCCCCACCCUCGCCGACGCCACCACCCGCACCCGGAGCCACGCCCGCAUCAACCACUACACCCGCGUCAGUGAUUCCCGUUCCAACUACCACAUCCUCGCCGAGCACACCGUGUCCAAGGUCCUCUUCGAGGGCAAUCGUGCCGUCGGGCUCGAGUACCUCCCCACGGCCGGCGGCGACAAAGUCGAGGUGUUCGCGAAGAAGGAGGUCCUCCUCGCCGCCGGGGCCCUGCAUACGCCGCAGAUCCUGCAACUAUCCGGCAUCGGCUCCAAGAAGCUGCUGCGAAAGUUCGGCAUCGAGGUCGUCGCGGAUCUGCCCGGCGUCGGUGAGAACUUCCAGGAUCAGGGGGAGCUCAAAAUCCCAUUCACCUUCGCAAACCAAAUCUUCCCCAACACAGCCGCCCUCGACACGAACGCAACCUACGACGCGGAACAACGGGCCCUCUACGACGCCGAAAAACGAGGCGCCUACACCAUCGUCCGCACCCUCUCCACCAACCUCGCCGUCCCGCCCCUCUCCAACGCCACCGCCUCCUGGCAAUCCAUCAUCGCCGCCGCCCGCGCGAACCCGCCCCUGGCGCACCUCGCCCCGGACACGCCCCCCUCCGUCCGCGCCGGCUACGCGCCCCAGCGCGAGCUCAUCCUCGAGCAGCUCGCCGGCCAGGACGUCCCCAUCGGCAUGGUGCACUGGGGCACGGGGAACAGCGUCACCCUCUACUUCCUGCGCGCCCUCAGCCGCGGGUCCGUCAGGAUACGCUCGACCGACCCGUUGAAGCAGCCUGUCAUCGACUUCCGCACGGCCUCGGACCCGGUCGAUUUCGAGCUCGCGAUCGCGCUGUUCGGGAAGGGCAAGGAGAUCAUGUCCGCGCCCGCGAUGCGGGUCCUGGGACCGAGGAUGGCGGCGCCGUACGCCAACGCGACGCACGACGAGUUGAGGGAGUUGCUGCGGGCCAACAUGUCGCCGUCGAACGCGCACUCGUGCUGUACGGCCGCGAUGGUGCCGGAGGAGAAGGGCGGGGUCGUGGAUACGCGGAUGAGGGUGUACGGCGUGCGGGGGCUGCGGGUGGUCGAUGUGAGUUACUGGCCGAUGGUCUUGACCGCCGCGCCGACGGCGACGACGUACGCGAGCGGGGAGAAGAUUGCGGAUGUGAUUAAGGAGGAGUACGGUCUGAAGUCUCUUUAG